AACUAAGGAUAAAAACUCAUUCUUGUCAUUUACGUAGAAGCGUCUCCUCCGAAAUUUAAAACAUUUAAUUUUUGCCUAAUAAUGCGAGGCUGGGGAUUCCGCGAAGCACGUAAAUAUCCACUGCUGUGGCCACUGUAUGCCCUCUGCGUUGCGGACCUUUGCUGGCUGACAUUCAGUGCCACCCGAACCCUUUUCUUCAACCCGGAUGUGGUACUGGACCACAAGAACAAUCCGGAACCAUGGCAAAAUCAUCGCGAUAAACGCUAUCGGCUGUGGGCUGGCAAUUACGACUACUCCAAGCUCCGCUGUCAAGCUCCAAUUAUCAAGGACGGUGAAGUAAUUCCGGUUGAGAAACCGAAGAAAUAGACUGGCUAAAUUCUCAAGUGGACAUUCGAAGAAUUCUAGUUCUCCUAUCAAGCGUCAGCAACGAUUCGAUUUGG